AUGUGGCGUCUGGCGUGGGUUAGUCUGACGGUGUUACUCGGUGCGGUAGCCGCCGGGGUCUAUUGGAGCUACGAUGGCUUCGAUCCAGGGUCUCUGCGGGGGGCAACGGUCGUCAUCACGGGCUGCAGUUCCGGUAUCGGCGAACAGAUGGCGUACCAGUACGCCCGGCUGGGAGCAAAGAUCCUCAUCACAGCCAGGAGGGAGAACAGGCUGAAAGAGGUGGUAGCGAAGGCGAAGUCUCUGGGUGCCCAGGAGGCGCACUACGUGGCCGGGGACAUGGGGAAGGCGGAGGACUGUGAGAGAACCAUUCAAAGAGCCAGGGAGAAAUUCGGACGGUUGGACUACCUUGUGCUGAACCACGUCGGGUCGAGUCGGCCGAAGUUGCAGGAGAAGUUGCUUUCGGGUACGGCUUGGGACCAGGACCCGGAUAUAGAUACGGACUACUUCGUCGACUUCCUGAACGUGAACUUGGUCAGUUACGUCCGGUUGGCCUCCCUGGCCCUGCCGCUGCUGAAGGAGAGCAGCGGACGCAUCGUGGUGAUUUCUUCCAUUGGGGAACGAGAACAUUGUGAAGUCUGCCGCCCCGGUAGACGAGGCAGCCAUGGCCAUUGUCCGAGGCGGAGCCACCCGGGCCCGGGAGGUCUACUAUCCCUCCUACACCUGGCCUAUCACCUUACUCAGGGCUCUGUUGCCGCAGGUCCUGGACAAUAUUGUUAUCAAUAACACCUAGGAAACUCCAUAAAUAGCCUCAUCAGGUUGACAAUUAUUCAAAUAGUUUCGAUGUCUAUCAGACAGUGACAGACACCAUCAUCAGGGUAGCCUCAUUCUUCCCUGAUGAUGGUGUCUGAUCUGAUAGACAUCGAAACGUUGGAAGUAAGUCACUCCUUGGUUGUGCCAAAAGAACCUUACUAUAUGAAAGCUAGGAAACUGUUUUUUUUCUUUUCAUCAAAGAAAAAAGAGAAAACGGGUUUGCUUCAGACGGAGAUAUUAAAGGAAUCUUUAUUUGCUUUAUCAACUCAUGCGGGAAGACCAACUGCAAAAAAAGAAAGAAAAAAAUGACAGUAGCAUUUGCUGAUCUCGAAUCUCGGGAUUUCCAGCGUCCUCUUGGAGAAAUACAAAACGCAACGGAUUAUGGGAACACUUAAUAGACCGAAUGGAAUAUCAGAUGCGUAAGCAAUGACUAAUAAUUAAUUUCUGCCCUUGUGAGAUUCUUAGUCUGUUAUGUCAUGUCUUCAAUAUGGAGUACCCACGAGUAAUACACACUUCAAGUUAUUCACCUUUCUGCUAUCAUGAAAAUACUGUCAUACAUGAGAAAGGACAAUCCAUUCACUUGCAAUAGAAUGAUU